GAUUUGUUUCUUUUUUCUUUCUUUUAGCUUCCAUAAUGUUACCGGGCGCUGACGCAAACGCACGCCGGGCAGGAGAGCUCGGAGGGCGGCUACGAUUUCAAGGAAGCUAUUUAGGAAAAUCUGAGAUAAAUAUAAUUUGCAUAAUAAUUUGGAACACGGUCCCGUGUUCCAAAUUAUUAUGCAAAAUGUAUUUAAGUGUCAUAAAGAUUACAUUUUUUGUUUUUCAAGUAAACUCUCGGUAUUGUAUGACUCUUUAAAUGACUGAAAUCAACCUCAGUUAUGUGAUAGUCACAUGAUAGUCUGCCAGGUGAGCGCAAUUAAGGAAAGUCUAUUUAAGUUCCGCGUUUCUAAGCGUUCGGCCAUUUCAUUCAACCAUGGGGAGGAAAAAGGAUCUCUCUGCUGUUGAGAAGCGUGAAAUCGUUCAAUGCCUUGGACAAGGUAUGCAGACAUUCGAUAUUUCACGAAAACUUAAGCAUGACCAUCGAACUGUAAAGACAUUCGUCGCUGAUUCGGAGCACACGCGGGUUUGUGCAGAUAAAGGCACGACGAGGAAGAUUUCUGCAAGACAAAAACGUCGAAUCAAGAGGGCGGCUGCUAGCAUGCCACUACAGACGAGCAAACAAAUAUUCGACGCUGCAUGUGCCGGUGAAGUCCCACGAAGGUCGAGGUGUAGGAUCCUCCAGAGCCUUGCAGUUAUGCGGAAACCCUCCAUUCGGCCACCCCUAAACAACGCGAACAAGCAGAAACGGCUGCAGUGGGCCCAGGAUUACAUGAAGACUAAUUUUCAGACAGUCCUGUUCACUGAUGAGUGCCGUGCAACCUUGGAUGGUCCAGAUGGAUGGAGUCGUGGAUGGUUGGUGGACGGUCACCAUAGCCCAACAAGGCUGCGGCGUCAGCAAGGAGGUGGCGGAGUCAUGUUUUGGGCCGGAAUCAUGGGGAGAGAGCGGCUUGGCCCCUUUAGGGUCCCUGAAGGCGUGAAAAUGACGUCUAUAAAAAUGGCGACAAAUAUGAUUUGCGGGAAAGUAGUGGCAAUGAGGAGUGCUCUGCGUGCAAGGAGCUGGAUUUGUGCAGCUGAUGGCACCUUGUCAAUGCACGGCCAGCACAAUAAUGUAACUGUUGCCCUCUGUGACGGCGAGAAAGCCUAUAAAAUAGUUCUAUUUGAACACUUGGCUGCCCUCGUCACAGAGGGCAACAGUUACAUUUUUUUAAACUUCGGUGUGGACCAACGGGGGCAAGGGCUCCUCACCAAACCCGCCUCAAAAAUCUUCAUGGCGGCCGAAGUGCAAACCAGCCCACAGCUGGAAGAAGAGGCCAGGGCCCUGGUAUACCCCAACUCAGUGGCAUCAUCUCCUCAGGAGGUAGUGAAUAAACUACCUGAGGAGAUGGUGUCACUGGAUGGCGUGAUAACCGAUAUGCGUCCUAUCCGCAUGGUGCGCCAGCGAGGGAACCACCUGGCACCAUUUCGACAUUUGACGCUCAAAAAAGAUGAAGCCACUGUCAAAAUUGGACUUUGGCGGGAGGCUAACCUCGUAGAGCUGAAGGUAGGGGGUUCCUUCGUGUUCACCCACCUGAGUGCCCAGGCGACCGAGUCGGGAGUCAUGCUCCACUCGACAACGUACACGGAUGUAAAGGCCUGCAACUCCAGCCUCAUCAUUACCGUCGUUGGUAUACUCUAUGGGGAAGAGGUGGUGGAUGUUGUGUCGGAUUCGGGGGAAGUGACAGUCAUCAAACUUGAUAUCUGGCAAAAAACCUUCAGCCAGCCCCCCCAUAUCCCACAAGAUGGGAUGCCCAUUACUGUCACCCGUGUGCAGGGUGACGUGACAAAGAUUGAAUGUGUGAAUGAAUGCAUGAAUGAAUGAAUGAAUGAAUGAAUGAAUGAAUUGUUCGAAACAAUUGAAUGUUUGCAAUUUAUUGAAUGCAUGAAUGAAUGGUGAUAAAUAAAUGUUACAUGUUCACUUUUCGAACAACAAAGGACACUGAUGUGUUUGUUUUAUUGAUUUGUUAACACUGACUAUCUCUUUUAUGUAAUGCGUUUGUGCAUUAGUUUGUGGCUUUCUAUUUUCAUAUGUUUCAGAUUCCAUUUGGGAAGGUUAGUGGAUGUAGUUUAUCUUUGAGAGAGCUCUUAUUUUACUCAAUUAACAUACUACAAAUGAGCAAACAAUAUGAUAUCAAACUGGUUACUUUAAAUUUGUACAUAUAAUAUUCAUAACACUUCUAAUUUCUACAUUUUUCCACCGAUUCAACUUGUUCCAACUUUCAACUGUUCAUCUUUUGCCUACCUAUUCCACAACUUCCCACUUACCAAAAACGUCACAUCUUUCAUUUUGAAAUUCAACCCAAAUUCUCUCAAAUUCCAUUUUUCUACUCUAAUUUCUACAUUUUUCAACCGAUUCAACCCAUUCCAACUUUCAACUGUUCAUCAUUUUUCUACCUAUUCCACAAUUUCCCACUUACCAAAAAUUUCACAUCUUUUAUUUUGAAAUUCAGACCCAAUUCCUUUUUCCGUUCUCAUUUCUACAUUUUUCAACCGAUUCAACCCAUUCCAACUUUCAACUCUUUAUCUUUUGCCUACCUAUUCCACAAUUUCCCACUUACCAAAAACCUCACAUCUUUUAUUUUGGAAUUCAACCAAAAUUUUCUAAAAUUUCGUUUUUCUACUCUUAUUUCAACAUUUUUCAACCGAUUCAACCCAUUCCAACUUUCAACUGUUCAUCAUUUUCCUACCUAUUCCACAUUUACCAAAUACUUCACAUCUUUUAUUUUGAAAUUCACUCCCAAUUCCUUUUUCCCUUCUCAUUUCUACAUUUUUCAACCGAUUCAACCCAUUCCAACUUUCAACUGUUCAUCAUUUUUCUACCUAUUCCACAACUUACCAAAGAUUUCACAUCUUUUAUUUUGAAAUUCACACCCAGUUCCUUUUUCCCUUCUCAUUUCUACAUUUUUCAACCGAUUCAACUCGUUUCAACAUCAUUCUGCAGCAUUCCUUAAAUAUUUAUUCAACUUCUUCACCUUCACACGCAAUUCCUUCAGGAAUUGCAAAUUCUAGUUAGUGUGAAGGUGACACACUUCACACUAUUGUUAUUCCUGUACUUUAUUAGUGUGAAGGUGAAGACCUUCACACUAUUGUUAUUCCUGUCCUUUAUUAGUGUGAAGGUGAAGACCUUCACACUAUUGUUAUUCCUGUCCUUUAUUAUUAUUAGUGUGAAGGUGAAGGCCUUCACACUAUUGUUAUUCUACAACAUUUUGCGCUACCUUUUCGUUAGCUUUCUUUGGCGCUUAACUAGUUCCACAUACUUCAACCGAUUCACUCCAUUCCACUUUUCACUUAUUCCAAAAAUUCAUGGCAUGGGUGCUCACAGUUUUCUCGUUCCAAAAAUUUUCCGUUUUCGCAUAAUUCACAAAUUUAUGGCGAUUUUUGCCCCAUUCAUUCUUAAUGGCAGAUUCAACAUUUCACAUUUACGUUGUUCCAGUUUGAUAUUCACAUAAUUCAACACAUUCAAAUCACAUUGGGGACAUUCCCAAACUUGCCAAAUUCAAAAUUUUCACGUUUUCACUUUUAAAAUUUGCAUAAAAUUUUGCAAAAUUUCAUAAAAUUUCGUUUUUCACUUCUAACUUAUACAUUUUUCCACCGAUUCAACUCGUUCCAACUUUCAACCAUUCAUCUUUUGCCUACCUAUUCCACAACUUCCCACUUAUCAAAAACUUCACAUCUUUUAUUUUGAAAUUCAACCUAAAACUUCACAUCUUUUAUUUUGAAAUUCAACCCAAAUUCUCUAAAGUUUCCUUUUUCUACUCUAAUUUCUACAUUUUUCAACCGAUUCAACCCAUUCCAACUUUCAACUGUUCAUCAUUUUUCUACCUAUUCCACAACUUACCAAAUACUUCACAUCUUUUAUUUUCAAAUUCAUUCCCAAUUCCUUUUUCCCUUCUCAUUUCUACAUUUUUCAACCGAUUCCACCCAUUCCAACUUUCAACUGUUCAUCAUUUUUCUACCUAUUCCACAGUUUCCCACUUACCAAAAACUUCAUCUUUUAUUUUGAAAUUCACACCCAAUUCCUUUUUCCCUUCUCAUUUCUACAUUUUUCAACCGAUUCAACCCAUUCCAACUUUCAACUGUUCAUUAUUUUUCUACCUAUUCCACAACUUCCCAUUUACCAAAAACUUCACAUAUUUUAUUUUGAAAUUCACACCCAAUUCCUUUUUCUCUUCUCAUUUCUACAUUUUUCAACCGAUUCAACCCAUUCCAACUUUACACUGUUCAUCAUUUUUCUACCUAUUCCACAACUUCCCACUUACCAAAAACUUCACAUCUUUUAUUUUGAAAUUCACACCCAAUUGCUUUUUCCCUUCUCAUUUCUACAUUUUUCAACCGAUUCAACCCAUUCCAACUUUCAACUGUUCAUCAUUUUUCUACCUAUUCCACAACUUACUAAAAACUUCACGUCUUUUAUUUUGAAAUUCACACCCAAUUCUCCAAUAUUUCCUUUUCCCGUUCUCAUUUCUACAUUUUUCAACCGAUUCAACCCAUUCCAACUUUCAACUGUUCAUCAUUUUUCUACCUAUCCCACAUUUUUUUUAACCUAUUCCACAACUUACCAAAAACUUCACAUCUUUUAUUUUGAAAUUCACCACAAAUUCUCCAAAUAUUCUACAUUUCUCAAGUAAUUCAACAUGUUUCCACAUCGUUCGGCAGCAUUCCCCGAAGAAGUUAUUCAUACAUUUCGCCUUCACACGCAAUUUCUCCAGAAAUUGCAAAAUUCUAGUUACAAAGGAAACUUUGACUUUGAAGAAACCUCUAUGACGUUUCUUUGAUAAGUGCAUGUUGCAUUUGGUGUAAUGGCAUGAUACUGACUGAGUCUUUUCUGGAUCAACAGAAGCAAAUUCGAAAAAUGGCAACCCCAGAAAACACUCCUCAAGAUGCAUACAAUGAGCUGAGGGCCAUUUACAAGACGGAGCUGGCGAAAGCCCGUGCGGCUCUGGUCUUAGAGGCCACAGAGCGUGAACGUCUGCAGGUGGAGUUGUCCAAGCUGAGGAUUGAUUUUGACAAGCUGGAAGCAAGGGACACGAAGAAAGAAUCCGAUCUGGCGAAAGCCCGUGCGGCUCUGGACUCAGAGGCCACAGAGCGUGAACGUCUGCAGGUGAAGUUGUCCAAGCUGAAGAUUGAUUUUGACGAGCUGGAAGCAAGGAAGUCGCAUCACAUUCAAAUCCUUAAAGAUGAGCUGGAGUUUGAAAAGAAGCUGCAUUCCGCGGACUUGCGCAUGGUCCAAAGCCAGCACGAGUCUCGCAUGGUGGAGUUAGAAGCCGGCCAAAAAGUGAAAGAUCUGGAGGAGGCUCUGUCUACAGAGAGGGAGCGGACCCAGAACAAGGAGGAGAGGGUACGCCAAACCAUGUCGGCCAGCAAAAAGAGGAAACGUCCGAAGGACAGCGAGGGUUUGAGCUCGGGCGGAUGCAAUGUGCCUCGUCCUAAAAUCGCCCAGCAGGUCACUGUGGAUGAGCAGCAGGUCACUCUGGAUGAGGUGGACUCGUACGGCAAAUAUGUCAGACUCCGCAAUACAGUUGAUGAGGAUCAGAAUUUGGGGAACUGGCAGGUGAAGCUCCAGAUUGGAUCUUCUGCUCCCAUUGUAUUCAAGUUUGCCGCAGAAUUCAUCCUGAAGGCCCACGAGAGUGUCACGAUCUGGGCGGCUGACGCUGGCCGAAACCACAAUCCUCCCUCUGAUCUAGUCUGGGAGACACAGUCCAACUGGGGACCCGUAGGCCAGGUCCACUUUACCUUGAUCAACGCCAACGGAGAGGAAAUAAGGAUGAGCAAAGCCACUGGCGCACGUUUGGAAGAUGAUGAUGGAAAUUCCACUUCCACCAUGGGAUAGAGGAAAUGUAAUUUCGGUUUCUUGUGUGUCUUGACAUAUGAAGGGAUUGACAAUAAAGCAGACUUUGACUUUUGACAUGGUCACAUUAUAAAAAUAUUGUAUAAAUUACAAUUAAAUGGGCUUUUUUUAAAUAAAAUCUGCUCCGACCUGUUGUGAAAUUUAAUUGAAAUAAUUGAAAUAAAGUUGUUGUUCUUUAAAAAUGA